AAGGGGAAGUAACUGUUGCUAAACGUGUCAAAAUUGAGACUGAGAGAAACGAAAACUGGACAAAAUGACACAAAUGAAACAUUCAUUGGUUUUCAGAUGAAAAUAUAGAUGCACAAAUAUAAAGAUUAUUAUACAACUUAAAGUUACAAGAAAGCUUUCUUUCAAAUAUUUCGGAAGUGCAUUUAUUUUUUGCAGAAAUAUCUGGAAACUUUCCAUAUUGUGCAAUAAAGUCUUACAUCAGAGAAAAAUACCAGUUUGAAAUUUCUAAACAGUUAAAGAAACAGUCAUGGUUCUUGCAGAUUUAGGGAGGAAAAUUACCUCAGCACUGAAAUCUCUCAGCAAUGCUACAAUCAUAAAUGAAGAGGUAUUAAAUGGCAUGCUUAAGGAGAUAUGUGCAGCUCUGUUGGAGGCUGAUGUCAACAUAUUCCUAGUCAAACGGUUGAGAGAAAAUGUCAGAUCUGUUAUUGAUUUUGAUGAAAUGGCAGGAGGGUUAAACAAAAGAAGAAUGAUCCAGUCUGCUGUGUAUAAGGAACUUGUCAAGUUGAUUGAUCCUGGAGUGAAACAAUGGACGCCAACCAAAGGUCGUAGUAAUGUCAUCAUGUUUGUAGGCUUACAGGGAAGUGGAAAGACUACAACAUGUUCUAAAUUGGCGUAUUAUUACCAGAAGAAAGGAUGGAAGACAUGUUUAAUUUGUGCCGAUACAUUUCGUGCUGGAGCUUUUGAUCAGCUGAAACAGAAUGCUACAAAAGCAAGGAUUCCAUUUUAUGGAAGUUACACAGAAAUUGACCCAGUGGUGAUAGCACAGGAAGGUGUAGAUAAAUUCCGUGACGAAAAUUUUGAGAUCAUCAUUGUAGAUACGAGUGGUCGUCACAAACAGGAAGAUUCAUUGUUUGAAGAAAUGUUGCAAGUUUCAAAUGUUACUGAUCCUGAUAAUGUUAUAUUUGUAAUGGAUGCCACCAUUGGACAAGCUUGUGAAUCUCAGGCCAGAGCCUUUAAAGAGAAAGUAGAUGUAGCUUCUGUGAUCAUUACCAAACUGGACGGCCAUGCUAAAGGAGGUGGUGCUCUUAGUGCAGUUGCAGCCACAAAAAGUCCUGUGAUAUUUAUAGGUACUGGGGAACACAUUGAUGACUUUGAACCAUUUAAGGUUCAGCCUUUUGUCAGUAAAUUGUUAGGUAUGGGUGAUAUCGAGGGAUUGAUCGACAAAGUCAAUGAAUUAAAACUUGAUGACAAUGAAGAACUAAUGAAAAAGUUAAAACAUGGUCAGUUUACAUUAAGAGAUAUGUAUGAACAGUUCCAGAACAUUAUGAAAAUGGGACCUUUCAGUCAGAUAAUGGGAAUGAUACCUGGAUUUAGUUCUGAUUUCUUAACAAAAGGAGGAGAACAGGAAUCAAUGGCUCGUCUAAAGAAGUUGAUGACAAUGAUGGACAGUAUGAAUGAUAUGGAACUUGACAGUUUAGAUGGCGAGAGACUGUUUGCUAGGCAACCAAGUAGAACCCACCGAGUAGCUCGAGGAGCAGGAGUAUCUGUGAAGGAAGUCAAUGAGCUACUUACUCAAUAUAAGAAGUUUGCUCAAAUGGUAAAGAAGAUGGGUGGAAUUAAAGGAUUAUUUAAAGGCGGUGAUAUGAGCAAGAAUGUUAACCCAGCACAGAUGGCUCGUCUCAAUCAACAGAUGGCUAAAAUGAUGGAUCCCCGUGUACUGCAGCAAAUGGGUGGAAUGCAAGGAUUACAAGGAAUGAUGAAACAAUUCCAGCAAGGUGCAGCAGGAAAAAUGGGCAGCAUGUUUGGUGGCAAAUAAUCAACUGAAGACACUAUAAUUGAAAAACACCAUUUUGUAAACAUUUGAAUAUGCCAUACUGAUUUAUUUGAUACAAAACUUCAUUUAAUAAAUGGAAGUACUUGGACUUUGUAUAUACAUUUAAAUGUAUAAUUGUACAUGUUAAAUGUUAUGUGUAUCAGACAUUUUGUGAAAAUAUUUUUUCAUGUUUGUAAAAGUAAAAGAAAAAUAAAGAAGACUACCUAAGAGAAUACACUUAAUAUCAUCCCCCUAAUCAAAAGAAUAUAAAAAUUACACUUUUCAACAAUUGAGGGUCACAAUGAAGUAUGUAAAUCAAGGAACCAGUGGAAGGACCUUUUUUUCUCAUUCAAGAUAAGAAUUUUAGAUACUUUGAGGUAAAGCAUUAAAGUCAUUUGAUAGAUAUUAUAUAUGCAUUUUAAGGACUAUUCCUUUAAAGCGAAAAGUGGGGGGGAGAGGAAGGGAAGUUUCAUAUUUUGAACAUGGGUUUGGGUCAUUUAUAUUUGUAUUCAAAAUUACUUGAAGAUAGUUUAUAAUGUUGGUUGUGGGGGAAGUCCCUUCUUACCCUCACACUUCGAUUUAAAUGGAACAUCUCUAAUCUGAAGUACCUAUAAUUCAUUUCCAUUUUCCCAUAUUUUAAGUCAUUGAUUUUGUUAUUAUAUGUGUAAUUGUAUUAAAUACAUCUUGUAUUUAAUCUAGUAGAUUAACAUUUUGUUGACUGUACAUAAAGGUUGUGUCAGCAACUAACAGAAAACAGCUACAUUGAAUGGUUUUUAUAUUGUACUACAUGAUAGAAAUUGUCAUACUAAUUGUUAAAAAAAACUAUUUAUAAAAGAAAGUAUCAUCAAAACAC